CAGAAGAUUCAGAAGCCCAAUUCAAUUCUUCUUGUUUUUCAGUGAAUUGGGGGUUUUUCUUUCGGUGCAGAGCAAAACAAUCAUGGACAUUGUUGGAGGGGCUCUUUUGGGAGCAGCAACCGGUGAAUCACUGACAGCUGUUAUGGAUUUUUCAGACACAGCCAUCAACUUCAAUGACAACCUCCAAGGAUUCGAAUCAAGAGUCAAUGCAAUCGUACAAAUUGUACGUGAGAUUCAGGAAUUGGACGGACAAUCGAACCAGGAAGAAACCAAAAUGUUCACCGAUCGGAUGGAAGAGGCCCAGAAGCUUAUCCGCAAGUGCUCGAAAACCCCGCGUUGGAAUUUGGUCAAGAAGGCUUCCUACUCGAAGAAGCUCAGAAAAUACGAAGAUUCGCAAGUGAAGUUCUACCAGACCUAUGGGCAAGCUCUGCUCAUAAAGUAUGUCAAGAAGAUGCUAGCUGUUCCUGGAAGAUGCGGGAACCAGUGGACUGUUUCUGUUUCUGGGGCUUCCGGUGGGAAAGGUCGGCACAGCAAGGUCUUCACCUUGAAAGGCCUCCGGGACCGUCGAGUUCGCAUGUCCGUCCACACGGCUAUACAGUUCUAUGAUCUUCAAGAUCGUCUUGGUUUCGAUCAUCCCAGCAAGGCGGUUGAUUGGCUAUUAAAAGAGGCUGCUAAUUCCAUUUCUGAGCUUCCUUCAAUUACCACUUCAUUUCCCGAUAUACAGGAGCUCAGCGAUGAAAAGAGGUCCAGUGCAGGCACCGAACAAAGGUUUGGAGAUUCUUCAUUUCCUAAUACACAGCAGCAGCAGCAGCAGCACAUUUUUUUGUCGAAAUGGACUGGUAGUAGCACUUCAGAGACCAAUAAGGGCUCCGGUUUCUCUCUUUCCCAGUCUGAGAGCCGGAGAAAAGCCCCAGAAAGGGCUGCCCUGAAGGAGAAGGAGAAAUUCAAUGCGUCCGGCGUGGAGAAUCACCCAAAUGGAAACCCAAUCUCGCAAACUUCUUUCACUGAACUUCUCACCACAAUCCAUGGAUCAUCUCAACGAAAGCACGGUGGUGGGGAGCCUAAUUUGUUUCCCAAGCCAGCUCCCCAGUGGUCUCCUUCAACUCCGAUGGAUUACUUUUCUUGCGGACUUCUUGGUCCGUCCUCAUUCCGGACCAGUCAAAUUCAGCAAUCCUCGUCUGGGUUUUUAGAACAGAUUCAUUUGGGAAAUUCCCUGCCACAAUCCAUGACGAUUUCGCCCUUCAAUGUUGCAGGAGACCACCAUUCCGAGCUGCAGCAAUUUUCUUUUGUCCCGGACCAUAUCGUAACUGAUGCCGGCGGCAGUGAUUACAAUCUCAACUUCACAAUCUCUUCGGGCCUUGCUGGUUUCAAUAGGGGGACGAACCUUCAGUCCAAUUCAUCCUCUCAUCUUCGGAGGUUUUCUCCUAUAGACGGAUCAAAUGGAUCUUUCUUCCAAGGGACCUUAGCUCCGAAUGCUGCUCCUGUGGAGAUCAAUCAUCAUCAUCAGUUCCCAGCUGGACUUGAUGGUCGCUUGCAGCUCUGCUACGGGGAUGGCAACCGGAACUCCGAACACAAGGGGUAAGGAAAGAAUUGAGUUCCUUGAAGAGCUAGCUAGUUCCUCUUAGCACGCGUUUUUUUUUUUUUUUUUUGUUGCACAAUCAUGGGAGUUUCUACAAUUAUGUUACUCUUAAAGGCCUGUUUGGCAUGCGCUUUAUUUUAAAGGUCCGUUUGACAUACGAUUUGUUUUAAGUGUUUUGUUUUUAGUUAAAACAAAAAUAGUAUUUUUAUUGUAGGAGUGUUUUGAAAAAAAACCGGAAGCACGUUUAGAAAUGAUGUUUAGCUGUGAAAAUUUCAAAAACAGAAAUAUACAAAACAUGUUUGGUAGGUAAUAUGUUUCAAGAAUUUCAAAAACAAAACAUAUUUUGUUACUUCAAUUGAAAUUGGUAGAGAUAAAAAUAGU